AUCAGCUGUGUCCAAUCACAGCUGAUCACAUGGCAAUGAUGAUCAGUGUGCCCUGAUGAUCAGUGUGGCCCCAGAAGUGCCACCUGUCAGUGUCCAUCAGUGCCAGCAGUCAGUGCUCAUCAGUGCCACGUGCCAGUGCCCAUCAGUGCCAUAUCAAUGCCACAUAUCAGUGCAUACCAGUGCACAUCAAUGCCACAUAUCAGUGCCCAUCUGAGCUGCCUUUCAAUAGCCCCCAUCAGUGCCAGUCAGUGCC